GGAACAACCAAGCAAGCAAGUGACCGGCGAUCAAAGGAGAAGGAAAAGAAGCCAGUACUCAGCGAGGUCUCAGCCACGGCGUUUGCUCAAGGUUACUGCAGGAUUAGGCCUCUUUCCAGUCACUCCAUUGAACCUUCGUGGUUGCGGCACCAGAGAUGGGGGACGCAACGGAAGAAACACGGGAAAGUGCAGUCGCCACAAGUGCGGGUUUAGGGACGAAGAGGAAGAAUACACGCAAGAAAGCAUUUCUGUUCUGCUGCGCCGUUUGCCUCAUCGCGCGGUUCAUAGGUCUGCUUUUAUGGGCAUCCAGUUUGAGUCCGGGCAGACGCUCACCAUUCAACAGAAUUUCAGGAUCAGCGUGCAGGCCCCUUUUUCUCGAGAAAACGACACAUGUGCUUUUUUGCGGGUUCAGUCUGAACCCGUUCUCGUCAGCCCAUUUGGAGACCUUGUUAAGGCCAAGUUGGAGCUGUCGCUCACAGAUUGCAAGAGAACUUGAUUGGAAUCCUAUCUGCACAUCGUCAACAUACGUUGAAUAGAAGAUGUUACGUGGUAUGUGUAGACGAAGAGAAUUCAUUUUUACUAUAAAGAGCGUGCAGCUGAGCACACCGCCCUGCGGCACUCCUGUUUCCUGUAUAAAUUUCCGUGACAAGACAUUGCGCACUCGAACACGGAAUGUGCGAUUAGACAGAUAGCUUUCAAUAACACUAAACAUAUUGCCAUGUAUACCUAACUGUGAGAGGUCUCUCAAUAUCCCAAACCGCCACGCAGUAUCAUAAGCUUUCUCCAUAUCUAAGAAUACUGAUAAAAAAAAACUGCUUAUGAACAAAAGCUUCACGAAUACGUGACUCGAUACGUAUGAGAUGGUCACUUGUGGAUCGACCCUCGCGAAACCCGCACUGG